AUGAGCGACUUUCAUUCAUCUAUGAGAUGUAUUUCACCAAAUUCAAGUAUGCUGGCUCCAAAACCGCAGGUUCAACAAACGCUGGAUUUGAGACUAGCACAGACAAGAGUAAGGAAUAGUAUCACUUGGUUUUUGAUCAAUGGAGCACUUCUCAGUGUUUUAUUAUUUGAUAUAUUGUACGUAGAUGCGACGUACAAACAAUUCCUCUGGAUAGAAUGGGUUCUAGUAUUAAUUUUCGGACUGAAUGCUUUGUACCAUAUAGCAAGUUACAUAAUAGGAAUAUUAAAUUUACGACCUGUAAUGUUAAAUCCAGAGCAAAAGAAAUUAUUGGGAGUAAGUAAUGACGAGACCCUGUUCAAGUCAAUGUCAUCGACCAAUGAAACAAAAUUAUGUCCUGAGCCGAUUUCACCGAUAUUAAACAUGACUAGCCCACUAAAUUUAAGCCGAAGAUCACUGGGGACUUCAGCGUUGAAUGAUACCAAAACUUACUCGAGUCCAUUUUACUGUGGAGCUGGAAAGUAUUCAAGUACCCCGACAUCACCCAAAAGUUUGAACAAUACGUCAACAAAUAACUCGCUGAGUAGAUCAUUGAACACGUCGAUGAACGGAAGUCUUACCGGCGAGGGAUUAAUUCAAGAUGAAAUAGAAUUACAAAAUUAUUUGAAAGACGUGACAGAACGCGAGCGGAAGACGAGCCACUCAACAGCGGUGGACCAGCCUUCAAAUUUACUGAGUUCAUUUUGGUCCCACCCGGCAAUGAGGAACCCUGGAGAAAUAUCUCCGCUGCUACGACGGUGCGCUUAUCAAUUAGCGCCAACUGUUGACAAGACAAAAUCUUCAAGUCCAGGAAACGAAGAAGGAACAUCUCCUCGCGGGUACUUCGGUGCUCCGGACGUCUGGCGAAAGUACCGAGUCGACAGUCACAAAGUAAACCAAUGGACGGCUAAUUUACGCCUGUGGAUAAGCAAAACAGUCGUUGAGCGGGUGAUGCUCGAAAUAGAGGCCGUCAAUGCGGCAUUGAUUCGCCACGGACUCAGUGACUCCCAGGUAGGACACGUAGGGCUAGACCGACUGCGAAAAUUAGCCCAGGCUCAGAACAUCGUCAUGGGAAUUCCAACGCUUCCGACUUUGGUGCCUUUUCUCGAGAUUUCUAAUAAUCAGGACUAUCUGGUCAAGCGAAUCAAGGAACUCGCCAAAGGAGGGUCUAUGAGCGAGUUCAAGUGGUGCAGCGGUGAACCCUACAAUGGGAAGCCCUGGGAAAAUAGUUUGCCAACAGAUACAGCUAUCAUUAUGCACCUCGUCUCUUCAUACAUGGACACUCAGCUGGAAGCUCCUCUAGAUCAGCCAGACGCCAGGACGUUUACUUCCAGGUACAUGGCCAAAAGUGGAUGUGAGCUACCGAGGAAUAAAGGGCCUAUCAUUGUUUGCCAGUCGGUUAAUCCUCCUCAUUAUUGUCUGGCGCUCAGUGGUGAUUCUUUGCCUGCUGAUUAUGAAGAAAUUCCACGGGGAAGAAAUAACAUGUUCCAUACUUUAUUACUCUUUCUCUAUAUUAUUAAAACCCGCGAUCAUGGAAUGUUGGGUAGAGUUAAUUUAGGAAUGUCUGGAAUAAAUAUCCUCUGGGUUAUAGACGAUUAA